UAUCAACAUGAGCGAUUAUUCUUCCAACUACGGUCUUGGUGACCUCAGCAACAAGAAGCAAGAAGUCAUGGAUCAAGUUCGUUCUGAACUUGCUUUAGCCAAUGCUCAAGAACUCAUUAAUAAAAUCAAUGAAAAGUGUUACUUCAAGUGUGUCCCUAAGCCCGGUGCUCGUCUUGAAUCUGGUGAACAAGCUUGUCUUUCCAAGUGUAUGGAUCGUUAUAUGGAAGCCUGGAACGUUGUUUCCCGUGCUUAUGUUGCUAGACUUCAACGUGAAUCUCAAGGUGCCAACCUUUAAGAUAGAAAAAAAAAUCUAUAUAUACAUAUAUACAAUAAUCCAAUUUCUCUCUCUCUUUUUUUUUCUGUGUAUAUUAUUAUUAAAUCCACAAAUUGUAUAGCUCAAUUGUCAUGCUAUAAAAGCUUCUUUUUUUUUAUCAA